GGGCAGGAUUUGUCAAUCGUACAAGCAUCCUAAACGUGAGAUAGUCUAUAAUCCGAACACUUUGGUUUUAACAACUACCUUAUUGCUGCCUGGGCGUUACUUUGCAACUGCUAAAUUCGGUGCCGCUUAUUCUUUAUAAAAAGAUUGUUGUAUUUGAAAUCUGUGUGUCAGGAUGAGUCAACUUAGCCGAUCCAAUUGCAAGGAGAGUUUCGACCUUGUUCUCCGUGUUCGUGAUAAGGAAAUUCCAGUGCACAAGCUGAAGUUGGUCGGUGCUAGCAAAUACUUCGAAAGUCUUUUCAGUGGUUGCUUCGCCGAUUCGGGGAAAAAUGUCAUAGAACUGGAUCAGUUUGAAACGGCAAUGGUGGAAAUGGUUGUGGAAUUCAUUUAUACUGGAAAGAUGGAGUUGUCUAUCGAUAUGAUAGUUGAUAUCUUCGAAGUAGCUGACUUUUUACAAGUGGAGAACCUAUUGCAGCUUUGCGACCGCUUCUUCAUUGACUCUGCAAGUUCAGUCAAUUGCGUCGACUUCUGGAAAUUUGCAGAUUUCUACGGUCGGACUUCAUUACGAACCCAUCUACAAACAUAUAUCUGGAAAUCUUUCGAAGAUGUGACGAAGACAACCGACUUCCUGGAGCUGGAAUUUGAAGAUUUAAAGUCUCUGAUGACUGACCCCGAAAUGAGUGAAUUCGAACAGCUCCAUCCCUAUGAGAUGAUGUUCUCAGCUUCAAUGCUGUGGAUAAACCAUGAUGUAACCAUGCGACGUGUAUACAUAGGACGCCUCCUGGAGCUACUCAAAGACGAGGAGAUCAGAGACAGUUUUCUACAGGAUGUGAUUAUGCCGAACGAGUUGAUUACGGAAUAUUUUGCUAAUGGGAGGUGGCUGGUAGAAAAAUGUUACGGAUCGAGUUGAUCCUGACAUCGACGUGCGUGAUUUGCGUGAUUUUGGUUAAUUUGAAUAAUAUAAGCAUAUAAGCAAAAUUAA